UUUGUCGACAACAGCUACUAAGUGUCUUGUCAGUCAAUCGUGUUCAACGAUUGAGCAUUGCACCAACCGGUUUUACAGAUUUGGGACUUCCCAACUCCACUGGGGACUCAUCGGCAGGGGAAGACGGGGAUAAAUAUGGGUCAGGGCUCCUAUACUUAUGUGGGAGGAACUCCCAGAGACACUGUAGAACUUACAAUCAACGGUGUUGCGUACACCGUCAACGAGGAAGUGAGACCAGAGACUUCGCUCAAUGUCUUCAUCAGAGAUCAUGCGCUCUUGCGGGGCACCAAGUACAUGUGCCUCGAGGGUGGCUGUGGGGCAUGCAUUGUGGCUGCGGAAAUUCAUGGGGAAACAUUAGCAGUUAAUUCAUGCCUCGUGCCAGUUCUUAUUUGCAAUGGAUGGAAAAUCAAGACUAUCGAGGGCAUAGGGAAUAGAAAAACGGGUUACCACAAGAUUCAGGCGACACUUGCGGAGAUGAACGGCUCUCAGUGCGGCUAUUGCUCUCCCGGAAUGGUCAUGAAUAUGUACAGUCUGAUGCAGGGUAAGGAGAUGUCGAUGAAAGAGAUUGAGAAUUCAUUCGGUAGCAAUAUUUGUCGUUGCACUGGUUACCGUCCCAUUCUGGAGGCUUUCAAGGGUCUAGGGAAUGAUGCAGAUCCUGCUAUGGUACAAAGGAUUCAAGACAUUGAGGAGUUAUACAAAUUGAAAACAUGUCCGAAAUCGGGCAAGCCAUGCAAGGGCGAUUGCAGUUCUUCGGAAGAGCCCACAAUAUUGGAGGAGGUUCGCAUGGAGUUCGGAGAUGUUAAAUUUCAAAAAGUACUUGACAUUGACAGUCUAUUCGGAGUAUUCACUAGCAAUCCAAAUGCAAGUUACGUUCUCAAUGGUGGUAAUACAGCGCACGGUGUCUAUCGACUCGAAAAGCCCCAGCUAUACAUCGACCUCAAUGACAUCAGCGAUCUUCGUAGAGUCGAGAAGACAGCAGACAGCCUAAUCCUGGGUGGAAAUGUCUCUCUAACAGUCAUCAAGAAUAGCUUCAUCAAAUACUCUGGAGAUACAGGUUUCAGUCAUCUUCGCCAAAUGGCAGAUCAUGUGGACCUAAUCGCUAGUGUACCAGUGCGCAAUAUAGGCACAUUGGCUGGGAACCUGAUGAUAAAACACCAACACAACGAAUUCCCAUCGGAUCUGUUUCUUAUACUGGAGACUGCUGGAGCAAAAUUACACAUACUUGAGUCACCGGGGCAGAAGAAGGAGAUUAACUUUAUGGAAUUCAUGAAGAUGGAUAUGAAACACAAGAUCAUAUACAGUAUUGUGUUACCAGCAUUGAAGCCCGAGCAUGUCUAUCGAUCUUACAAGAUAAUGCCGAGAGCGCAAAAUGCACAUGCCCACGUGAAUGCUGGAUUUCUUCUCAAACUUGAUGCCUCUGGAUUAGUGCAAGGACAACCGAAUAUCAUCUUCGGUGGCAUUAGAUCUGAUUUCCUGCACGCCACUGCCACCGAAAAUUACCUAACUGGCAAACGCAUAUUAGACAAGAGUAUCCUCAAACAGGCCCUGGAAACACUGGCAUCAGAAUUGAAUCCUGAUCACGUUCUGCCAGAUUAUUCUCCAGAGUUUAGGAAAAAUCUGGCGCAGGGAUUGUUCUACAAGUUCGUCCUGAGUGUGAAACCAGAAACAGUAGACGAGAAGUUGCGCAGUGGUGGAACGAUACUGGAGCGUGAUCUCUCGUCUGGGAGGGUUGAUUAUGAAACGGACAAGUCACUCUGGCCGUACAAUAAACCACUCCCCAAGACUGAGUCGAUCUAUCAGACGUCUGGAGAGGCGGAGUACGUCAAUGACAUACCACCACAGCCCCGGGAGGUUUUUUGUGCCUUCGUGCACACUAUCUUCUCCAGCGGAAAAAUCACGAAUAUAGAUGCCUCUGAAGCUUUGGCAAUGGAGGGUGUUGUUGCCUUCCUAUCAGCGAAGGACGUCCCAGGCAAGAAUCUCGCCAUCGAUUCGGCGAACAAGGACUCAAUGAACUCCAACGAUGAAAAGCUGUUUGCCGAUGGAGUAGUUGAGUUCGCUGGCCAGCCGAUUGGCCUAAUUUGCGCUGAGACUCAUGCACUUGCCAGCGAAGCCGUGAAGAAAGUGAAAGUCACUUAUACAGACGUAUCGAAAGAGAAACCGAUAAUAACGAACCAAGAUGCUAUUGACUCUGGGGAUAAAAACAGAGUCCAGGAAAAAGCGAAUGUUCCUGCUGACAGACAAGGCACAAAUCCAGUUAAGAAAGUAAUAAAAGACACAUUCAAUUGUGGGCCUCAGUAUCACUUCACGAUGGAGCCGCAGUCUUGCGUGUGUAUCCCAACGGAAGAUGGAAUGGACGUUUACCCGAGCUCUCAUUUUAUAGAUCUUGCGCAGACUUCGAUGGCUUCGUGUCUUGGGAUCGCAAAUAACCGCAUCAACAUCAGUGUUAGAAGGCUGGGAGGCUCCUACGGUGCAAAACUAUCACGAAACUCCUGGAUCAGUUGUGGAUGUGCUGUUGCAGCACACGUAUUAAACCGUCCAGCUCGUUUGAUCAUGACGAUCGAGAGUAACAUGACUAUAAUAGGCAAAAGAUUCGCAGUCAAGCAUGACUAUGAGAUCGGUGUCGAUGCUGAUGGGGUAAUUCAGUACUUGAAGCAACAAAGUUGGCACAAUGCUGGCAGUUCGUUUAACGAUCCCAUCGCGGCACAGAGCAUGAUGCACUCAUAUUCAUGCUAUGACAAGACCACAUGGGCUUCCGUGGCAAACGAAGUUCAUACUGAUGUUCCAUCCAAUACGUAUGCCAGAGCGCCAGGCUCCACUGAGGGAGUGGCAAUGGCAGAGAAUAUGAUGGAGAACAUAGCGCAGGCACUCGGCAAAGACCCAGUUGAAGUGCGUCUGAACAAUAUGAAUGCAACGGAUAAAGAGCCACUGAGUCGAAUGAUUGCCGACAUUAAACAGACGUCGGACUACACUGCAAGAGUGGAGGCUGUCAGAAUGUUCAAUAAAGAAAACAGAUGGAAGAAGAGAGGCAUAAGUUUGAUGCCCAUGAAGUAUCCCCUCGAAUUGGGGGGAAUGUGGAAUGCCUUGAUAUCAGUGUACCCAAGGGAUGGAACAGUGGCUGUUCUUCAUGGAGGCAUUGAGGUUGGUCAAGGGAUCAACACCAAGGUGGCUCAGGUUGCUGCUUACACCCUGGGAAUUGAUCUUGACAUGAUUAAUGUGAAGCCCACGAAUAAUCUUGCCGCACCGAAUAAUACGGUUACUGGGGGCAGCAUCUCCACGGAAUCAGCCGCAAACGCAACGAUAACUGCUUGCAAGGAGCUCCUGAACCGACUGGAGCCCAUCAAAAACAAAAUGACAAACCCCACGUGGAAGGAAUUGGUUUUCGCUGCUUUUCAGGAAAAUGUUAAUCUCUGUGUUCAAGCCAUGUUACCAGCUGAUUCAUCGAAGGGUUAUCCAAUAUACGCGGUAACGGUUAGUGAAGUGGAGGUAGACAUGUUGACGGGACAACACGUCAUUCGACGGGUCGAUCUACUGGAGGAUGUUGGCAUAAGUAUGAAUCCGGAGAUUGAUAGGGGACAGGUAGAGGGGGCGUUUGUGAUGGGAGCUGGUUAUUGGACCUCUGAGGACCUCAUUUAUGACCCCAAGAGUGGACUUCUGGUUAAUAAUCGCACAUGGAAUUAUAAACCACCGGGUGCUAAGGACAUCCCAGUGGACUUCCGAGUGGCAUUCAGGAAGAGAUCACCAAAUCCGGUGGGAGUGCUGCGUUCGAAAGCCAUUGGUGAGCCACCACUCUGCAUGGCCUUCAGUAUACCACUAGCAUUGAGAAAUGCACUGAAUUCAGCGAGGAAGGAUGCAGGAAAUGCGGAGCCCUGGUAUCAGUUUGACGGGCCAGCAACUACUGAGAAUAUAUUGAAGACCAGUCUCACCACCAAAGACCUCAUGGUGCUAUAAUACGAUAUUUAUUCAAUUGUUUUUCUGGAAAUUAUGAAAAGGCAGCACAAUGUGCAAUCGAUGAAUAUGAGAGGCGUUGACAAGCAAUUUUCGCAGUGUAAAUUACAGAUUUGAAUUAAUCAUCUAUAUUGAUGUGAAUGCUCUUUUGAAAGACCUUCGAGGACUCAACAAAAAGAUCAGUUCGUAGUUCUUACUAUCGCUUUUACCUUCAGACUUCAGACUUGGCCUGGCAUCUCUCCCAUCAGUCUAAAGAGGAACAUGUUUGAAGAAUGGAUAAACUUUCGAUCUUUGUUAUAGAAUAGGUUCUCAGAAAUUAUUGUAUCUUAUGGACUUUUAAUAAAUAUUGAUGGCAGAAAAGGAUAAACCCA